CCCGGGCGCCGCAGUGGCUGAGAUCGCUGGGAUCGCCGGGCCGCCGCCCUCGCCGCCCCCUGCAUGCCCGGCGCCCGGGUCGCGGCCCACCUGGACGCGCUGGGCCCCCUGGUCCCCUACGUGCCGCCGUCGCUGCUGCCCUCUAUGUUCUACGUGGGCCUGUUUUUCGUCAAUGUGCUGAUCCUGUACUACGCCUUCCUCAUGGAGUACAUUGUCCUCAACGUGGGCCUCGUUUUCCUGCCCGAGGACAUGGACCAGGCACUGGUGGACCUCGGCGUGCUCUCCGAUCCCGGCUCCGGCCUCUACGAUGCCGAUUCGGAGCUCGAUGUCUUCGAUGGUUACUUGGAGUAGGCUUGGCUACCGUCCUCCCCUCCCCCGAACGACCCGCACCCCUCGGCCUGGACCAGCCGCCCAAAUCAUGCCGCCGCUGCUGGUUGGGGGCAUCGUCGGGCCAGGGAUGGAAUCCCCAGGACGAGGCCGACUCCGGCCUCCAAGACCUGCCUGCUUCCCCCAAAAGCUCCGUGCCAACAGAGAGGUUUCCGUCCAGACCCAGGAGGGUGGGGCGGAGAGAUUGAAACUGAGAGCGGAGGCCCAGAAGGCCUUUGCCCCUGCCCGAGGGGAAAGGCAAGGGCGUCCGAAGACCUCCCCCGCCCGCAGCAUCGCACACACGGCCUUGCCUUGGCUUAUGACCUUUCGCAGUUGCGAUGGAUGUUUACAAGAACCCAGCCAGAGUCCGCCUCGCCGCCCCUCACCCCCGACUGCACCUGCUUCUCCCACUUCAUCUUCCUAGAGAAUACUUCAAAGCGUGGACACACACGGAAGCCACUCCCAGCUCCUUCUGAAGCCCGCGGAGCCCGCAACCCAGACGGGUUGGGUCCCAGGCUGGUCUUAGACGCAAUGACUGGUUCAGGGAGUAAGUCGGAAGGAAAAGAAGCCACAGACGGUAUCAGAGGCCGAGGGCCGGGUGUGACUUACUCAUUUCAAGUUGCUGCUGCUUCAUCAAGUUGCCCGAACUGAGACAUCACACCGGGGGAAUGCCGCGUCGGCCCUCCGGCCGGAAAUAUUUUUUGAAAAUGUGAGUGGUAUGCAUACUUGAUGUUGAUAAACCUGUAAAAGCAAUACUUAGGAGGCUGACUUCUUUCAAUUAAAACAUGUAUGCAACUCCA